AUGGUUCUACCAACUAAGAAAAAGAGCAACCCUACUCAUGUAACAGUUAAUAAUAAAGAUUUAAGUUCUGAUUAUGAUAUUGCAAACGCAUUCAAUAAACAUUUUAUAACAAUAGGUUCUGAUAUAAAAAAGGGACUUUAUGCCAGUCCUAUUGAAAAAGAUAAACCAACUAUUAAUCCUCCAGCUAUUUUUUACUUGCCUGAAGUUGAUGAAGAAUUUGUAUAUACUGAAAUAUCAAAAAUGUCCAUCAACAAAGCUUUUGGUUUUGAUGAAAUCAGUCCCAACAUGUUAAAACUUGCAAAUCUAAUAAUUGUUCCCUCAUUGACAUAUAUCAUUAACCUAUCUCUGCAUUCUGGUAUAUUUCCUGAUGAUUGGAAAUAUGCUAAAGUUAUACCUCUUCACAAAAACGGCGACACUCAUAAUGUUAACAAUUGGGCAAUUCCACGGUAA